CGUGCCUCCAGUCUUCCUGCCAAAGCUUUAUACUCGCGUUGUCCCACACAGCACCAGCAAACGGUUGUCGUUUUCAGCACGGGACAGAACCUGCACCCUCUUACUGCAAUAUGGCGACAGAGUUUCACAACCUUCAGGAGCUGAGGCACAGUGCAUCGCUGGUAACAAAGGUGUUUGUACAGAGAGACUACAGCGAAGGAACCGUGUGCCGCUUCCAGAACAAAUUCCCCUCAGAGCUCGACAACAGGAUUGAGCGAACCUUGCUUGAGGAGACAGUGAAGACCCUGAACUCUUAUUAUGUGGAGGCCGAAAAAAUUGGAGGUCAGUCGUACCUGGAAGGAUGUCUGGCUUGUGCAACAGCUUAUAUCGUCUUCCUCUGCAUGGAGACACGCUAUGAGAAGGUGCUGAAGAAGAUAUCAGGCUACGUCCAGGAGCAGAAUGAGAAGAUCUACGCUCCUAGAGGUCUGCUGCUAACAGACCCCGUAGAGAGAGGAAUGAGGGUUCUAGAGAUCAGUGUGUUUGAAGACCGGGGCUCGGGCAGCUCCAGUCCCAGCAGCAGCAUGUCGUCGGCAGGCAGCAGCGCCCGGUGACUGGAGGGGCAGCGCCAGGCUUACGGGUACCACCACAGGGGCAGCGGGACACUUACCAACAUCCGCAUGCUGAAACAUGAGAGCACCAGGUUCUAAGACUAAGAGUGGAGAGCAAAAAGGCAAGGAGGUGAUCCACAGCACUCACACUCUCCUUGCUGGGGCCUACGACAUACCACCGCGAGAAUAGGAACUGGUUUACACAAACACACUGGAUAGCAGAACAAACACAAGUGCAACAGAACCCACACACAGGCAGUAGACACAUAUACGAGCCAAUAUUCAGAGUGUCUGUGAGGGAAUAUCUUUCACUCUCCAACAGUUAUCCAAACCAAACUAAUCAUGAUUUCUUUUGUUUAAAUUUUUCCAUUCACCUUUUCUCUCAUUCCAUCACGUCUGUUUCCAUGAGUCACAGCAUCUUUGUCGUAUAGCUGAUUCAGCAGGCUUAUCCUUGAUUAAACUGGAUGUCAGUGCUUGAUUGUUUUCAGGGGGGUCACCGUCACUAUGUCUAUCUGCUGACGCAUUGACAGUGUAGUCUUAGGUCUGUGCUUCAGCUCUAAAAUCUGGAAGUAGGAAAACUGCCGGGCUCCUGGGAGACCCAAUGUUCCCCGGUCUGGCUGAAUGAUUGCAUUCAUGUCAGCUGGUUGGGGUCAAGCCACUUUGAACGCUGGCAAAUUGGGCCUGCUGUGGGACUGCGCGGUUAUAUGCUCUGUUCAUAUGCGUUGGCUUCGAUAUCAAACGGCUAACAGAGAGCACCUUGGAUUAUUUAUCCUUAUUCACAGCAGUGGAUACAAGUGAUCCACAUCACAGCUGUAGGUCACACUCCUACACACACCUGUGGCUAGUGACCAAGCGUUCCUGCACACAGAUUCUGGCAGCCGUAGAGUUGGAGUCGACCUAGCCAGUCAAUAUUCUCUGUGGUCUUAGCUCAUUGAGAACGCAAGCAAUCCCAGGCCCUGUAAGCCUGCGCUAGUGUCCCUGGUAGUGUGUACAUGUAUCUGGUGUGUUGUGUAUGUGUCUGUUCCAUUAGUCCCAGCCUCACCUACGUUGAGAUGAAAGCUUGCUGAUCAUUAAGGAGACGUCAAAGAGGAAAGAUCAGUAGCCCAAAUAAUAACCGAACACACAAUGUAUGGUAACCAGUAGGGUGUUAAUGAUAGGUGUGUGUUUGGAUGCGAAUAUAGGUGUGUGUAGGAGAAUCAUGCACAGAGUUCAAUACCCUACUACUCUAUUCUAGUCUGUCUCUGCUGCUCAUGUAGAUGCAGAUUAUUUCUAAUUAUACAAAAUGCAAAACAGCAUUAAUCAAAAAAGAACAUCUAGAACAUAAAAGAACGUCUAGAACAUAUUUGGCAUUAAGACAUACACAGUAAUGUUGAUGCAGAUACAUAUUUUAGAUUAAAAAUGUCUCAGACAUCAAAGGCUUUAAGUUCAUUGGUGUCAUCUGUUAUUUAUUAUCAGAAAUGUAGGGGGCAGUUGUAUGUCAUUUUGCUGUAUAACACAGUUUUAGCUCCCUCUAGUGACAGACUGAGGAAGUUCUGCAUUUCUGAAUUUAAAAAAUACUACAGGAAUUUUAGUGCAAAGACAAAGUCUGAUUCAUAGUCUGAUUCAAAUAAUUUCUAGUACUACUUAUUUACUCACACUGCCCUGCAGCUUCCUUUCUUGUACAUUAUCUUCAGUACCUGAGGAGCAUACAAUCUGUCUCUCUUGUGGGAAAUAGUGCAUCCUGUCUGGCUUAUUUGUGUGUGGAGGCAUUAUGUAGCAACAAUGUUGAUGUCAUUAGACAGCACACCCACACAGGGUCAAACAAAACCUGAAAAAAACUUAAGCAAUGUUUGGGUGUCUGCAUCUUCUUCUUUCCCACAGUUUCUGUCUUCUUCUUUCUUUUACCAUUUUCAGUUUUGUUGUCUUUAACCCCACCUCAUAACAUGAUCUUUAAAUCAACUCUGAGAAUGUAGCCCUUUGCCUCUUCUUUAGCCUCAUAGUUAGUUUUGAGCAAAUCCUUCAGCAGAGCCCCUGCCCUGCAACCAGCCUUGUGUACUUUUACCAGAGCAGUGUCAAGUUGUAGUUAAACCACUUGCUGGAAAGUCGUUUUGCUUCAGCCUCAGUAGAUAAGAUUAAUUUCAACUCAACGUUUUACUGCUGAGUGAGAUGAACCUACAAAGACCAUAGCAGUUGAGUUCAGUUGUGCUUGUGUUCAGCCUCCUGUUCUUUUUGAUGCCUUCAUGUUUCAUCCCAGUGGAAUGGAUACCCAACCUGGGGCUGAUGGACUGACCAAUUAAAAACUCAGCACUCAGACUCAACACUGUCAAUAAGCGAAUAAAGGAGCUCAUUGGACAAUGUAUAAAGAAAAAAACAAUGAGUGUGUAUAAACUGUAAAAGAACUGCACUGUACAUGUUUGUCAAUGACUACUGAGUUUGUGAAGUGUAAAGAAGUGGAUGGGAAUGCCAUUAUGCUUUAUAAUUCCAAAACAUCACUGUUGCCCAGUACUAGUCUCUAAAUACGUUUUUAUGUUUUGGUAUAUCUUUAAUUUGCGCAUCAAGUGAUAGAGCAGCUAUGAAAGCACAUUGUCUGUACAGCUGUGAGCUGCUUUGCAGGAUCUUCUGUAAAACACAAUUGUGUUGAUAAUGUAGCUUAUGAUAUUGUUAGUAAUAUCAACAAUGUCAGUUAUUAUUGUGGAGGUAAAUAGAGGGGUAAUGAUGAUGACCCUCGGGGGGAAGUCUGAAAUGUGCCAAAUUCAAAGUUCCUAAAGGAUUAGUUCACAUUUUUAACCAUGCUAACCUCUCUAGAGAUGACUGUGUUGGUCUGUCAGUUGGUCCACCACUUUCUAGACUAAAAAUAAAAUAUCUCUACAAAUAUUGGAGGGAUUGACAUGAACAUUUGGAGCCUAGGGAAUGAAAGAUUCUGACUCUUAGUCCUGCUUUAAGUAUCCCCUUGCCAUAUAUACAUUGAAAGAGCAGAAACAAUUACAGGAGAAAUGUUUACAGUAGCAAAUAACUCUUUCUAUGAAUAUAUGGGCGUGAGUAGUGUAUUCAUGUAAACUAGAAAAAAAUCUGAACCUAUCCUUUAAGGCUGAGGUGAAAAAGAAGCACUGUGUGCCAUAUUAUAAGGCGUUAUGUAGCUUGUUCUUUCAAGAAUGACUUGACUAAUGAAGACCAAGGGAGUGAAGAUUAUCACAUAAAAAGAUGUGCAUUGAUAUACAAUGACUCUAUCACGGAGCAGAUUAAACUUUGGGUCCUUGAGCCUCUAUCAUGCUGACUAUCAAGAUAACCUCUGUGCCAACACUUGUCUUUGAAGGAGAAGCGGAGAUGAUGUAUAGUCCAUUUCUGUAUGUAAAUUCCCACGUCAUACUGUAUAUUUAUCUUGUACUGUAUGUGAGAGUGCAGCAAGUUUGUUCAGACAUGUGGAGUCAUCUGUAUUGUACGUGUGUUAUGCUGUUACAAAUGAGAGAAUAUUCAUGUCUUUCUGAAACUGUAUAAGAUGAUGUGUAGAGUCUUGGUACUACACUCUUUGAGUUGCUUUGAGUCCUUGGGGAGACUCGAACUUCAUUGAUGUUUAAUGCUACAAG